GCAGUGCAGUGCUCAAAACCGAACAGUCGCCAUUCAAAUUCACACAGUCGCCAGAACAAGAACAGCUUUCAACCGGACAUAAACAGCGCAGUCAUGCUGUACCUCGCUUUGUUUUUCAUCUCCGCAGCCGUCGCCACCCCUCUGUUGGGUACUGAACAGUGUGCCCGUGGUCCUCCCUACUGGUGCCACAAUGUGAAGACUGCCUCUAUCUGUGGCGCCGUGGUCCACUGCCAACAGAACGUAUGGAACCAACCCCAGAUGAAAUCUGUGCCGUGUGACCUGUGUAAGGAGGUGUUGAUUGUGGUGGACCAGCUGCUGAAAGACAAUGCUACUGAGGGUGAGAUCCUGGGCUACCUGGAGAAGGCCUGUGCCUUGGUACCUGACAAGAAUCUGUCUGCAGAGUGUAAGGAGCUGGUAGACAGCUACUAUCCUAUCAUUAUGGGUAUCAUCACUGGAGAACUGGAGGAUCCUCAGGUGGCGUGUGGCGCCAUGGGGCUGUGUGACUCCCAGCAGGCAGCUCUGGCCAGGCUGGCUAAGCUCACGUCCAACCAGAUCCCCCAGCUCACGUCCAAUGAGAUCCCCCAGGUAGACCUAGCCCAGAGGGUCGCCCCCUUCCUCCUCAACGUCCCUGGGCUCCUCUACCCUCAGGCGCAGGAUAACACCAAGCAGGAACCUGCCGCAGCACAGGAGACUGGAGACGUGUGUGAGGACUGUGUGAAGUUCAUCACAGACACUCAGGAGGAGGCGAAGAGCAACUCUACUUUUGUCAACUCUCUGAUCGAGCAGAUCCAGGACCAGUGUGACCUGCUGGGGCCUGGUAUCUCUGACCUGUGCAAGCAGUACGUCAGCCAGUACGCCCCUCUUAUCGUCCAGCAGCUGAUGUCCAUGCAACCCAAGGAUGUCUGUACCUUUGCUGGCUUCUGCUCUGCUGAUGUGAAGAGCUCUGUCCCCAUGAUGAAGCUGGUGGCUGCCAAAACCAUCCCCGCUGUCAAACUGUUUCCUGCCACUAAGAUGGAGGCUGUUAAGCCUGCCAAGAACAUGGUGCGUGCCCGUGACUCUCCUCAAUGUGCCAUGUGUGAGUUCAUGAUGAAGGAGUUGGAGAGCAUGCUGCAGGAUGAGAAAACGGAGCAAGAUGUGGUGCGUGCUGUGGAGAAGGUGUGCGCUGUGCUGCCCUCCUCCCUGUCGGUCCAGUGUAAGGACCUGAUUGAAGCCUACGGCCAGGCCAUCAUUGAGCUGCUGGUGCAGGAGGCUGACCCCAAGACUAUCUGCACCGUGUUGGGGCUCUGCAAGGACGCCAGCCGCGCCUUCAUCCCGGUGCUGAACAUGGCCCGGGUGGAGGCGGGUGGGUUCUGUGAGGUGUGUAAGGUGGCUGUGCAGUACAUCGACGGUAUCCUGGAACAGAACGCCACAGAGGCACAGAUCGAAGACGCAGUCAGGAAAGUCUGCAGCUUUGUCCCGGAGACCGUGAGGAGCGAGUGUGACCAGCUGGUUGAGCAGUAUGAGCCCAUGCUGAUUCAGCUCCUCCUGCAGAUGUUGGACCCUGACUUUGUCUGCAUGAAGUUGGGGGUCUGUCCUGAGGCAGUGCAAAGGCUUCUGGGUAUGGAGCAGUGUAGCUGGGGACCCGCCUUCUGGUGCAAGGACAUGGACUCCGCGAAACGCUGCAACGCGGUGGCACACUGCAGGCGUCACGUGUGGGAAUAGAGUGGAGGAGACCUCCCUAAACGUUCUGACCCUUUAGGAAAUUAAGGAGAAACACUAGCGCUGCUUGAGUUUUAAAUCAAUAAAUACAACUUUUUUUUUUUUCUGUAAACAUGUGGAAUUUAAUGUUGUUUUUUUGCUCUUGUCUAAAUGAAUUUACCAGGUAGGUUUGAGAGGAGGGAGUGGACACCUUUUCAGUUAAUGUGGGGGAAGAGGUGGGUUUGGGGCUUCGAGAGGGAAUCUACCUACUUGACUGUUUAGUUACAGGGACAAACCGAUACUGUACUGAUUAUUUUACUAUUCCUGGGUUUGUGUAAAGCUCUCAUUAUAUUUUCACAUGUUUAAGCCUUGUCCUGGACUGAAACGCACGGAUUGCUUCCUAAGUUCAAGAAACUGGCCCGUUUCAAGUAUGUGAAGCAGACAGUCUCUGCUGUGUCUGUGUGAAAGAGUGCUUGGAUACUUCCAGUUGAGUCUUCGUGGGUCCUGUUGCCCUCGCGCCGACUCGUUGCCCUACCUACCACCAUCCCUUGCAGGGACGGUAUAUAUCUGACCUUUUCUGGGAUGUUUUCUGUUUAACGAAGUCUCGUCUCCUUAAAGCAAAUUGAGAUCUCUAGUUUGUAGAAACUGUUGACUUGUGUAGAAUAGUUUUAUUAUUAAAUUGGGUGGUUCUGAAAUGGCACCUUUGUCCCUAAAGUAGUGCAUUUGAUAUAGGGAGUAAAGUGGCAGUUUUUUUUAAAAAAAGUUGCGACCAGUGUACAUUUUUGUUGGCUCGUCCAUUGCCGUGGGUGGCCCACUGUAGCACCAAGGGGUGUGGUCUACUCUAAAAUGUGACUCCCUGCCCUGUGUCCCUAACGGCACCUUGGUCCCUGGUCAAAAGGAGUGCACUAUAAAGGGAACGAGGUGCAAUGGAGACAUCUCUAACAACAUGCUCGUGUGCCCCCCCCCCGUCAAGCCUGUUUUGCAGUGUCCCACUCAGCCAACCAAUGUGCUGACUGACCUCACCCUGUUUAUGCUAAUCAAUGUUUCUAAUGUAAUGAUGGAGAGCUUGUUGUGACCAAUAAUCACUGGCUGACGGCCUCGCUGUUCAGUCUGAAACUGAUCGAUCGGUCAAUUUUAACUGAAAUAAAAUGAUCCCAAAUCCA